GUCGCAUUUUUGGAGGUCGGAGAAUAGCCCAGCCGCCCAGAGAGAAAGCGAGGGCGCAGAAGGAAGGAAAGGUCGGGCUGGGAUUGGAUCACAUCCCAAGGGUAGCGAAACUAAUCUCGCGUGUCCAGCCCCUCCUUCUGCAGGACAAAUUCGCUAUGGGAAUUCGCGUCGACCCUCUUUAAGGAUCUGGGUCUCUCCUUUCGCAAGCGCGGCGCCCCCCAGUGUUCGCGGAGCUGCAGUAUUAAGUUUCCGGGGUAAGAGGAAGCUUCAAAGAGUAUUACAUCUAAGUGGAAGGUGCUUGUAGAGCAGCAUUGGACAGAGAUUCCUGUGAAGAAAACAAACUCCUGAAGAUCCACAAAGGCUUUCUAACUUGUCCUAGGACUUGGGAUUGUGCUGCCUAUUCACCCUCUGAAGAUGCCUCUUCAAAACUUCACACAGCCCACCUAUCACCAACCACCCAGUAACUUACAUGCUGAUUUACAAGGCUUGUUCAGUAUGGUGCACGGUUACUUGGGGAUUGUACAACCCAACAGUUUCCCCAAAGAUCUCCUGACAUACGUGGUCAAGCAUCAAGAUUUUCAAAAUCAGACAGUGUAUAAAGAGAUGCUCAAGUAUGAGGCAGGCUUCCUGGUUUGUACUGUCAUUGGUCUUCUGUUCAUUGUCCUUGUGCCACUAGUGGGCUUUUAUUUCUGUUGCUGCCGCUGUUGUGGACACUGUGGAGGUUUCAUGUACCAGAAGCAGAAUAAACAUACUGCCUGCAAGAGACGGACUCUUUUUUUCUUUCUGCUGGGUAUCACUGCUGUUCUUCUGGCUGGAGAUAUAUGUGCGUAUGUCAGCAACCAACGAAUAUCCCAGGGUCUAGGGAGAGGUUUUGGCAUUUUCAACAAUACAGUGAGCAACCUGAAUGUUUACCUGAAUUCUAUACCUCAGGAGAUUAAUGAAAUUGUCAGCUCUAGUAAAGUACCAUUGAAGGAGGUCAAUGAUAGCUUGUUGAAUAUUGCCAAUACCUUGGGGAGCAAGAUUAAGGAUGAACUAGGUGGACGAGCAAAUAAAGUAUUAGACACAACUGAGCAGCUUCUUCAAGACAUUCAGCACAUAGACCAGGAACUCCAGAAAGUCAACCAGACUGGUGGUCGCUUGCAGAAAAUGCAACAGGAGCUGAAUAAAAAUCUGACUGACCUGAGAACUGAGAUCAAUGGCACUCUGAAAGAAUGUGGCAGCCCAUGUGGGGAAGUGUCCAUAGAGAACCUGAUACCUGAGGCCAAUUUUGAUACGAUUCCUGAUGUCAGUGAUCCACUUAAGUUGAUAUCUAAUCUGACAAGUUUAAAUCUCAACAGUACUGUAAUAGAGGCAAGAAAUUUCAUUAAAGAAAUACCACAGAAAGUCUCUAAUCAAACCAAAAAGGAGGUGUCUGAGAUACAAGAUGUACUUUACGAUAUCAAGAAUGGAAUUAAUACAAUCAGUGAUAAGUUGUACAAGCAGAUCUCACUGAAGGACGUCUCUGCAUUCAUGGAAAAUAUUGUCAAGAAGGCAAAUUACUACAAGCCACUUGUGGUCUCAUAUGAUGGCUACAGGUGGGGUGUUGGCGUCUGCCUUUGCUGCCUGCUGCUUGCAAUAAUUGCAUUCAAUGUGUUGGGCCUUUUGCUUGGUGGUCUUGGGCUAGAUCCAAAUGGAAUGCAAUGGCCUACCAAACGUGGCUGCCUCUCCAACACUGGUGGAAACUUCCUUAUGGCGAGUGUUGGAUUCAGCUUUAUAUUUUCAUGGUUGCUGAUGUUGCUGGUUCUAGUACUAUUUUUAGUUGGGGGCAAUUCAUACACAUUGGUGUGCCGGCCUUGGGCCAACGGAAUUAUCCUUCAGUACCUGGACACAUCUGGGUUGUUCCCUGAAUUAAGUGUGAAAAAGCUCAUGAAUUUGAACGGUUCUGAUGUAAACCUGACCAGCAUAUAUAAGAGUUGCGAAGAAAAUGCACCCUUGUGGAGUACCUUUCACCUAGAUGAGAUUGUCUCUUUGAAUGACACCUUCAACCUCAGCAAGUACACUCAAAACAUUAAUUCAACCUUGGAUAAAAUAAAAAUCAAUGUUGGAACUAUUGAACUCCUGGAGGAUGAGCAAAAACGCAGCUUGCUGAAACUGAGUGCAAAAGAUGGGCCUCUGAAUGUGGAUUUUAACAGUACCCUUGAACAACUUAACCAAAAUCUGACCAAACAGGACCUGAAUAUCUUGGCUAAUAAGUUGGAAGAAGUGGCAAAUAGCACAACCGAUGAUACAAAGACAAAUUUGAAACGUCAAGCUAAUGAGCUGAAGGAGAUCCAAAAGUGGAUAAACCUCAAAUUUCCUCCAGAAAUUCAUGCCUUGAAGAGAAGUGUCCAGAGCUUGCGGAAAUCUACACCUCAAAUUCCAAAUCUGAUAAACCGCACACUGUCAGAAAUAAACGAGACCAAUUCAUUUAUAAAGAACCAGACGGAGGAAGUUAUAAAAAAGGAGACCAAGACUUUUAUAUUGAACACAGUGAAUUAUUUUUCCUCCUAUGUGACACGGGUUGAGUAUUUUAUCAUAGGAGAAUUUGGUCGCUGCGGUCCUGUAGCCUGGGCACUGGAUAGCAUGAAUACCGUUGUCUGCAAUUACCUUGUUGAUUCUUUGAAUGCCUUCUGGUUCUGUCUGGCCUGGUGCACAAUCUUUCUGUUGCCAAGUAUCAUCUUGGCUGUGCGGCUUGCCAAGUUUUAUCGUCGAAUGAAUGUUGAUGACAUCUAUCAGGAUGAGAUUAUGGAAAACUUUGAACUGUCAAGGCAAAGCAUGUUCAAAAUGCCCCGGGCUGAGCUGAAGAAAUAACAUUUCCUUUUUCAACAUUCCAUCUCUGAGCAGCUAUGAAUGCAACAAACAAUGGUCAAGAGAAUUAUUGGGUUCCUCUUGACCUUGUGCAGUGUGUGGAUCUUUGCCACAUUUUUUUCCUGAACAAGUUUGUAAGAUGGCAACCGCUUUUUCCCUACAAGACUACUGUGCCAUAAGCCCUGUGACAGAGAAGUGUAGUUUGGCUGUAUGCUCAGUCUAUGAAGAGGGUUGCACUCUACUCUAGAGAUUAAGCUUGCAGUUUUUAUACUGUCCAUUUUACAGGAAAAAGCCCUGAUAUUCAAAGGGUUAUAUAGUGAUAUCACUGCAUUCUACUGAAUUACUAUACAGACCCCAAUAUAUAGCAGAACAUUUUUACAGUAAUUCUUUUGACCCUCAACAGAUUUAGAAAUCUUUGUUAAAUUAAGCUGAAUUGCAAAUAGUGCCUUGCUGGAUCAAUACCUACUCCAUACCUAAAGGUUGAUACUCUGGAAGAGAAAGCAAAUAUGUGCCAUAAUGAAAUAUUACUGAGCAGUUCUGUAUCAGGAAGAACGAAUUGCCUUAAAUUUUAUCAAGAGCACUUUCUAGAUUUUGUCUUGUGCUUCAGUAUAUCAUUGCAAUCUAGUCAUGUAUGUUGUUCUCUUUCCCCCUUCCUCACAUUACUUGAUUUGCAUAUUUUGGGCAUUUAUCCUCUCCCCAAUAUUAUACCCAAUAAUGUUGAACCAUGAAUUUAUUUUGUCAAACACGUGAUACUCAAAGAGAAUGGGGGAAUUUUUCUUAUGAGGUGAAUAGACGUAGUAAUAUUUAUUAAGACAUUAGUAAUAGAAAUGAAUUUAUUUAGAUUAAUGCAAAAUGAAGAUGACUCCAAUAAUGAAAAGUUGAUACAAUAACCAUUUGGAAGAGGAACAACAUGAGGAUUUCCUUUCAGAUUAGUCUUGCCUGAUCUGUGACACUCCGGAUGUGUGAAAUAAUUCCUAGCCAGCAUUGGAAAUUUGAAGUUUAGGGAAGGACUGGACUAGUAGCAGGAAAUACAGGUAGUCCUCAACUUACAACAAUUCACUUAAUGACCAUUGAAAGUAACAAAGAAAAAGGCACUGAAAAAAGUGACAUGACUAUUUUUUCACACUUAUGACCAAUUCAG